UUUUCAGAGUUUUCUUGCUCUAGGACCUGAGUGAGUGUGCUGUUCACUGAGAUGCACUUUGUUAUCUCUUAGGGAAAUUCUCUUCGGCCCUGGUUAGCCGGCAGUUUCAUCCUAGAGGAGCUGGAAGUCACUGUGCUCUCUCUCCUUUUUCACGUCUUGAGACAGAGGCCAUCGAGGAGAACAGGAGAACAGAAGCCGCACUAUGCCUUUCAGCUGAGGGGAUUCAUCACACGGAUUUGGGAUCCUUGUGGAAAGAACGCUUGUAGGAUGUAACAUAAAGCUUGUAUGUUGAGAACCAGAACAAAAUGUUGCUGUCGAAGUGCGUCCAGUACCAAAUUGGACCAGUUUCAAAGCUGUCCAGGACCAACCUAUGCCUGCUCAGAACCGACUGCCUCAAGUUUGGCCAAGGAAAGUCUUUGUCCCACUUUAGGUAAGAAAAACUAUAAAAUCCGGCACGCAUAUGUUUGUUCUCAAUUUGAAAAUAUCACAUCAAGCCACUAAACCCAAAAUGCUGGAAAAUAAGAAAAUGUAAGUCCACUAGGAAAUAGGAUACUAGCUUCAUUACUAGCAUAGUCUGUCCGCAGAACCGGUCCCUCAUCCUUCUCACUGACACCCUUCGGUCACCUUGCUGUAGCUCACACUUGUGUCAUGGAAUUUCCGUACGAGGAAUGGACACCGAAGUCAGGAUUUCAUUUGGAAGGAUCGACUGACGUUCCUCUCCUUCGCACAUGGUUCAUGCACUGCUGAUGUAACUGCUGAUCUAAACAGCAUCUAAAGGGCCACCAUUUUCCUGGACAAGUUCUCAUCUGUGGGGCACCAGAGUCUGGUCCCCUGAAGUGCCCAAUGGGGACGGAUUCAGCUGACUUUCCAAAACCUGCACCAUCCCCAACUUCACUAGUUCCCCUUUGUGGUGGCCACAGCUCUCCCUCACCAGCUACUUCCGGUUCUGCUUCCUGGGCUCACCCCACAGUCCUCCAUUGCUUCCCUGACAGGAGCCGAACUGGCUCUGCCCCUGCCACACGCAGGAUGCUGGCCCUGCUGCUGCUGGCCCUGCUGUGGGCUGGGUCCCUGCAGCAGGAUCGAAAGUUCCAGAUCAUAGUGCAGGAGUCAGUGACGGUGCAGCAGGGCCUGUGUGUGCUGCUGCCCUGCUCCUUCUCCUAUCCCUCUAGUCUGUGGAUUUCCUCUGGAGAGUUCUACAUGUCCUGGUUCCGGAUCAGGCAUAACCCUUACAACGGUGAUCCUGUGGCCACAAACAACCCAAACUAUGAACUGACGACAGAGAUCAAAGAUCGAUUCCACCUCCUUGGGGACAUCAGGACCAGAAACUGCUCCCUAAGCAUCAGAGGAGCCAAAAUGGUGGACUCAAGAUCCUAUGUCUUCAGAAUAGAGACCAAGAAGCAUGACAAAUACUUUUAUGCAAAAAACCCAGUGAAAUUGCAGGUGACAGCCCUGACAGAGAAACCCAUCAUCCACAUCGCAGAGCCUCUGGAGUCCAGCCGCCCCACACAGCUGACCUGCAGCCUGCCAGGAUCCUGCAAAGGCGGGCCCCCCCUCACCUUCUCCUGGUCGGGGGACGCCCUGAACUCCAUGGACUCUGGGACCCUGACUUCCUCGGUGCUCACUCUCACCCCUCGGCCCCAGGACCACGACACCAACCUCACCUGCCAGGUGCAACUCGGAGGAGCUCAGGUGACCACGGAGAGGACCAUCAGGCUCAGUGUCUCCUAUGCUCCACAGAACCUCAGCAUCAGCCUCUACUUCAGAAACGGCACAGUCCUCCAGAUUUUACCAAAUGCCUCAUCCCUUUCCAUCCUGGAGACCCAGGCUCUACAGCUGACCUGUGCUGCGGACAGCUACCCCUCUGCCCAAGUGAGAUGGUUCUGGGGAUCCCCUGACCUGAAUACCUCCCUCAUCUCCAAUACUGGGGUCCUGGAACUGUCUCGUGUAGGGACUGCAGAAAGAGGAGGCUUCACCUGCCAAGCUCUGAAUACACGGGGCUCCCAAAAUGCCUCUGUGAGCCUCUCCAUGCUCUAUGCCCCCCAGCUGCAGGGCCCCUGGUGCUCCUGGGAGGCCAAGGGUCUGCACUGCAGCUGCUCCUCCCGUGCCCGGCCUGUCCCGUCCCUGCACUGGCGGCUCGGGGAGGGGCUGCUGGAGGGGAACAGCAGCAACGCCUCCCUCACGGUCACCUCCAGCUGGGCCGGGCCCUGGGCCAACAGCUCCCUGCAUCUCCUCAGGGGACCGAGCCGAAGCCUCAGGCUCAGCUGUGAGGCCUGGAAUGCCCAUGGGACCCAGAGUGUCACUGUCCUGCUGCUGCCAGGGAAAUUGGAACCGAUGGCAGGAGCCAUGGUUGGAGCCCUGGGAGGUGCUGGUGCCAUGGCCCUGCUCUGUCUAUGUCUGUGCCUCAUCUUCUUUUGCAUCAUGAAGGCCCGGAGGACUCAAGCAGCUGGAAGACCAAAGAGAAUGGACGACGAGGACCAUGUCAUGGGUACAGUCACCUGGAGUUCCAAGCAGAAGCCCUGGCCGGACAACCCUCAAACUAAAGCGCCCCCUGUUGGGGAUGCCUUGCCCCAAGGGGAACAACAGGAAGUCCAUUAUGCUUCUCUCAGCUUUCGGGAGAUGAAGUUUUGUGAGGUGAAGUCACAAGAGCCUCAGAACUACAAGGCCACAAGGAGCACAGAGUACUCAGACAUCAAGACAAGCAAGUGAAGACCCACCCAUGGAUCCACCCUGGCAGGAAGAUGCACAGCCUGUCUAAGGGAAAGGGGGAGUCAGGGACUAACUGUUGCCACGUGAAGAGCUCUUGUGACAGUGUCAACUUUACUGCUAAGAGCAUUCCAGAAGGACUGCUGAUGGGAUUAGAGAGACUUGGGUUCAAACCCCCAACUCCCAGGACUUUCUAAGGCAUUGUUCUUAAGCAAUUCACUUCAUCUUUCUGUGCCUUGGUUUCCCAUCCUGUGAAUCUGAGAUCGUGUGUCCCACCUAAGGCUGUUAUUUGCAUUAAAUAAACAAUACAUGGAAAUCAAUCAACAGAGGUCCUGUCAGGGGGUGAGCUUGGUGUCCCCUUCACCAGAAAGCUCCCAUGGGCGAGUCUUCCUGA